AUGAGGCUAAGUUUGGGCUACCAGAGAGUCACGCGGGGCGCACACCAUGACGGGGCAACGGAGGCUGAAAAACUCGACUGGCUGAGAGAGACUGUGCCGGGUGAGCCUGGCGUCGACUACCCCAUCUACUGGCGGGUACCCGAGACCUCCUUCACGUGCGAGGGCCGAGAACCAGGUUACCACGCGGACGAAGACGCCGAGUGCCAAGUCUUCCACAUUUGCCGCCACCACCACCAGCGCACGGGGCGGGCCUUCCUCUGUCCCAACGGCACCAUCUUCAACCAGGGAACGCUGACCUGCACGUGGUGGCACUCCGUUGAAUGCGGCAGCCAAGGACAGAACGUGGCGCCGGUCAUUCCCCACGCCGCCUCCCCCGUCACCGCCUCAGACUCUUCAGUUUUCGGCAGCAGGGCGAGGUUGAGGGGGCAGAGCAGGCAGCAGGGAGGUGAGAAAGAAAGGGUUCGGCAGGAGGGAGAGAGGAGGGAGCAGGAAGAAAGGCAGGAGAGAAGAAGACAGGAGGAUGAGAGGAGGCAGCAGGAGGCGAGGGAGGACAGAAGAAGGCAGGAGAGGAGAGAACAAGAGGAUAGAAGAAGGCAAGAAGCAGAGAGGAGACAACAGGAGGAGAGAAGGCAGCAGGAGGAGAGGAAGAGGCAGCAGGAAGUAAGGACGCAACAGGAGGAAGCCAGAAGACAGCAGGAAGGGAGAAGGGAGCAAGAAGCAGGGAGACAGCAGGCAAGUCAGCAGGAAGGAAAGAGACAGCAGGAAGGGAGAAGAGAGCAAGAAGCAGGGAGACAGCAGGCAAGUCAGCAGGCAGGGAGAAGAGAGCAAGAAGCAGGGAGACAGCAGGCAAGUCAGCAGGAAGGAAAGAGACAGCAGGCAGGGAGAAGAGAGCAAGAAGCAGGGAGACAGCAGGAAGGGAGAAGAGAGCAAGAAGCAGGGAGACAGCAGGAAGGGAGAAGAGAGCAAGAAGCAGGGAGACAGCAGGAAGGGAGAAGAGAGCAAGAAGCAGGGAGACAGCAGGCAAGUCAGCAGGAAGGAAAGAGACAGCAGGAAGGAAGUAGGAGGCAACAGGAAGAAAGGAGGAGGCAGCAGCACGAGAGCCACUUCACGGUGAGGGGGCACGCAUCAAGGUCACAGCAGGAAGGUCAGCAGGAGGAGGAGAGACACUUUGGGCAGAGGCGUCAAGAGGAAGCCCAAGCUCAGCAGGUGGUAUUACAGCAGCAGACUGAGCAGCACUUUGAGCAGAGGGCACAGCAGGCAAGUCAGCAGGAACAGGAGAAGUUGACUGAACAGCACUUUGGGCAGAAGGCACAGCAGGCACGUCAGCAGGAACAGCAGAAGGAGACUGAGCAGCACUUUGAGCAGAAGGCACAGCAGGCAAGUCAGCAGGAACAGCAGAAGCAGACUGAACAGCACUUUGGACAGAGUGCACAGCAGGCACGUCAGCAGAAACAGCAGGUCAUUCACCGCCAGCAAGAAGUACAACAGCAGACCGAACAGCACUUCCAGCAGAGGGAGGAAGAGGAGAGGGCGCAGCAGGCAAGUCAGCAGGGACAGCAGACUGAGCAGCACUUUGAGCAGAAGGCACAGCAGGCACGUCAGCAGGAACAGCAGGUCAUUCACCACCAGCAGGAAAUACAACAGCAGACCGAACAGCACUUCCAGCAGAGGGAAGAAGAGGAGAGGGCGCAGCAGGCAAGUCAGCAGGGACAGCAAGAGAUUCGGCAAGAACAAGAGCAACUUUUCCAGCAGAGUGGACACAAGCUGGCUGACACUCAGCAGUUAGGCGAAGAGGAGCAGCUUUUUGAGCAGACAGGAGAAAGAACGGUACAGAAGGACCAGCACUUUGAGCAGUCUGGCCAGCAGGAAGAGCAGUCUGAGCGGAAGGAACAAACAGGGACAAGCAGGCAAGAGGAAAUACUACAAAGCAGCCUCUUUGAGCAGAGCGUGCAGGAGACAGGAACAGAGCAGGCAGAUCAGCAGGUCAGUCAGAGAGCUGAGCAGCAGCAACAUGCGGCAGGACAGGAUCAGCAGAAGGCGAGGAUGCAACAAGCAGGUCAGCAGAAAGGGAAGCAGGUGGGUCAGCAGGAGACAGUGACGGUGGUGCAGAGCAGCGGGCAGCAGGGUGAAGGCCUCCGUCAGCCGGCCCCGCCCCACGCCACGCUGGAGGCCGUGUCUCCCCCGCGUGGCGGCCAGGGCGAGCGGCAGGGCCUGCGGGUGCGUCUAAGCCACAGCGGUCGCUUCAUCAGCAGCGAGUCCCGCGAGUCACAGGAGUACGGCGUGCCGAUCCUCGCCACGGGGCCACAGUACACUGACUCAGAGUCACUGGAAGACUCGACUCUGGAACGGUUUUUCAUCACCUUCCCACCUAAGCUUCCUACUAGGACCAGUGAGUCACGUGAGUCACUGGAAUACGGCGUCCCCCUCUCUGCCACGAGGCCACAGUACACUGACUCACAGGAGUCUCUGGAAGAGCUGACUCAGCAACAGUUUUCAGUUUCCUUCCAAACAGCAGCCGGCCGGCAGGCCAGUGAGUCACACGAGUCACGGGAGUACGGCGUGCCCCUGUCUGCCGCGGGGCCACAGUACACUGGCUCGUCAGAGUCACAAGAAGACUCGACUCUUGAACGGUUUUUCGUCACCUUCCCACCUAAGCUUCCUACUAGGAUCCUUGAGUCACGCGAGUCACUGGAAUACGGCGUCCCCCUCUCUGCCACGAGGCCACAGUACAUUGACUCACAGGAGUCACUAGAGUUUGUGAGGCACCAAGAAACUAUUCGUGCACCCUCUGCCACGCGUCAUCAAGUCACUGAGUCACGUGAGUCACUGGAGCAAGGCGUACCCCUCUCGGAUGCGGGUCCACAGUAUUCUGACUCACAAGAGUCACUGGAAUUGGUGAGUCAACAUGCUGGCGCUGCACCGCUACCAGCUGCCCCACAGUUUCCAGAGUCUCGUGAGUCAGUGGAAUUCGGCGUGCCAAUGGCGGCGGCCGGGCAGCGGCACCAGGCCACAGAGUCCCGGGAGUCCCUGGAGAGGUUCAGUGACGAGCGACUCGUACACUCGCGCGUGCCGGUGCGCCUGGCCCCGGCCCCGACAGCGGCCCCUUCCACCCAGCAGGCAGGCGCCCACGCUGACACCCGGACCCAGGCCACUGUGGAGCACACACUAGCUGGGGCAGACUUGCCACUUGUGGAACAAUCAGCGACACCUGUGGAACAAUCAGUACCAUCAACAGAACCUGUGGAACACUUAGUGACACGUGUUGAACAAUCGGCAGCACCAGCGGGAGAAACGAUAUCACCUGUGCAACAAUCGGCAGCGCCUGUGGAACACUCUGCGGCACCUGUGGAACAACCGACAGCGCCUGUGGAACACUCAGCAACACCUGUGGAACAAUCGGCAGCACCUGUGGAACACUCAGCAACACCUGUGGAACACUCAGCAACACCUGUGGAACACUCAGCAACACCUGUGGAACACUCAGCAACGCCAGAAAAGCAUUUCGUCGCCACCCAACACUCGACAGCACAGGAGGAACUUUCGGUACUUAUGGAGGACACGGUGGCACCUCAGCAAGACUUAGCAGAACGUGUGCAGGAGUUCGCACCUGCUGAACACGCGGCAACACCUGUGGAGCACUCAGCAGCACCGAUGGAACCUGACACAUCAGCAGCACCAGUGGAGCAAACAGUACCGGUGGAGCCCUCGGCAGCACCCGUGGAACAGUCAUUCUCAACAGGAGCGGCGAAACAGUCAUUCUCAGCAGGGGCGGCGGAACAGUCAUUCUCAGCAGGGGCGGCGGAACAGUCAUUCUCAGCAGGGGCGGCGAAACAGUCAUUCUCAGCAGGGGCGGCGGAACAGUCAUUCUCGGCAGGGGCGGCGGAACAGCCGUCCUCAGCGGGGGCGGCGGACAGUCAGCAGGAGCAGUCGUCGGGCAUACUGGCGUCGGUCCUGGCCGUGAUGGAGCGUCUGGGUGUGCCGGUGGUGAGCCUGUCCGGCCUGAGCAGCGCCCCGGACCUCUCGGCCCAGGACCAGGGCCUGUCCCUCCAGCUGGAGGCCGCCCACUCGCUAGAACUGCGGCCAUCACUGGAACGAGACUCACAGGAGGUGUCCGGACAACAGGGCGUGUCCUUUACAGUCUCAAGAGACUCACUAGAGCUGACAGACCCCACAGACACAGAGUCAUUGGAGUUUAGAGUGUCACAACAUCAACAACAACAACAGUCAGAGGGAGGCUCAGGCCAACACAGCGUGUCGUUCACUGUCUCAAGAGACUCUUUUGAACUGCGGGACCCCACAGACACAGACUCGCUGGAGUUUAGAGUGUCACAACAACAACAGCAACAAUCAGAGGGAGUCUCAAGCCAACAAAGCGUUUCCUUCACUAUCUCAAGAGACUCACUAGAGCAGACAGACCCCACAGACACAGACUCGUUGGAGUUUAGAGUUUCACAACAACAACAACAGUCAAAGGGAGCCUCAGGACAAAACAGUGUGUCAUUUACUGUUUCAAGAGAUUCUCUUGAGCUCACAGACCCCACAGACAGAGACUCACUGGAGUUUAGAGUUUCACAACAACAACAACAACAACAACAACAGUCAGAGGGAGCCUCAGGACAAAACAGUGUGUCAUUUACUGUUUCAAGAGAUUCUCUUGAGCUCACAGACCCCACAGACAGAGACUCACUGGAGUUUAGAGUUUCACAACAACAACAACAUCAACAGGCAGAGGGAGCCUCAGGACAAAACAGUGUGUCAUUUACUGUUUCAAGAGAUUCUCUUGAGCUCACAGACCCCACAGACACAGACUCACUGGAGUUUAGAGUUUCACAACAACAACAACAACAACAGUCAGAGGGAGCCUCAGGACAAAACAGUGUGUCAUUUACUGUUUCAAGAGAUUCUCUUGAGCUCACAGACCCCACAGACACAGACUCACUGGAGUUUAGAGUUUCACAACAACAACAACAACAACAACAGUCAGAAGGAGCCUCAGGACAAAACAGUGUGUCAUUUACUGUUUCAAGAGAUUCUCUUGAGCUCACAGACCCCACAGACACAGACUCACUGGAGUUUAGAGUUUCACAACAACAACAACAGUCAGAGGGAGUCUCAGACCAACGCAGCGUGUCAUUUACUGUCUCAAGGGACUCUCUUGAGCUCACAGACCCCACAGACACAGACUCACUGGAGUUUAGAGUUUCACAACAACAACAACAGUCAGAGGGAGCCUCAGGACAAAACAGUGUGUCAUUUACUGUUUCAAGAGAUUCUCUUGAGCUGACGGACCCCACAGACAGAGACUCACUGGAGUUUAGAGUUUCACAACAACAACAACAACAACAGCAACAGUCAGAGGGAGCCUCAGGACAAAACAGUGUGUCAUUUACUGUUUCAAGAGAUUCUCUUGAGCUGACGGACCCCACAGACACUGACUCACUGGAGUUUAGAGUGUCACAACAACAACAACAACAACAACAACAACAGUCAGAGGGAGCCUCAGGACAAAACAGUGUGUCCUUCACUGUCUCAAGAGACUCUCUGGAGCUGGCGGACCCCACAGACACUGACUCACUGGAGUUUAGUGUCUCACAACAACAACAACAGUCAGAGAGAGCCUCAGGACUAAACAGCGUGUCAUUCACUGUUUCAAGAGAUUCUCUGGAGCUGACGGACCCCACAGACACAGACUCACUAGAAUUUAGAGUGUUACAACAACAGCCACAAGGAGUCUCGGUACAGCGUGGCGUGUCUGUCUCUACUUCACAACAGCAGCAGCAAUUACGUGGCACGACCUUCACUGCCUCGCAGUCAGCGCAAGCGUCACAUGGAGCCCAGACGGCCUUCGUGCUGGAAGUUUCUAGGGAGGACGAAUCCCCUGACCUACAGCUGUCACUUGAGCGCGUGGAGCAGCAAGACUCCCUGGAGCGUGUGGGGGAGCAUGACUCCCUAGAGCGGCUGGUGCCUGUGAACCUUGCCACCCUGGAGGCUCAUGGCGUGCUGCUGGCUGACUCAGGGCCUCAAGUGCUUGUGGAAACUGUGGAACCUGUGGCAGGAGAACAAGCUGGAGUGGAUCUCUCCUCCUCCGGGGCGCAGACAGAGGCAGGGCAAGCGUCACCUUUUGACCAGGUGAUCCUCGUAGUAGACCUUUCAACUAAACCUGACUGGGCUGAAGACCUGCGACCCUCCCUUGAGCGUGACCAUCCCGCGGACUCCCCGGUGGAAUUUAGGCGCGUGGACCAGACUCUCUCAGCCCGGCAUGAAGUGUUCCUGGCAGGUGCUGGAGCCCAGACGGAAGCUGAGGCCGCCCCCCAGCAAGAACUUGUCUCCCCUGUGUCCAGCGUGCCUGCACAGGACACAGCACAAGUAGCACCCCAAAAGAAGCCUCCCGCACCAGUGCAAGUCCAAAUGACACACGCUUUUGUUGAGUCACGUGGUGAAUCUCUGCCGCCGGUGCAUCCCACAGAGCCAGAGGCACCCACGGAACGCCAUGGAGUACCUCUGUCACCGGUGCAGCUCAAAACGUCUCGUCCACCUGCCCAGCACACCUCAGCUGUGAUGCCAACACCUCAGAGAGUACACAUGCCAUCAUUGGAACGCAUCGAACCACAGGCACCUGAAGUAUCCCCCGGAUUGCCGCUGUUACCUGUGGGUCAUGAAAACACGAUUGCACCUGUGGAAGACGACGGAGUAGCUACUGCACCGGCAGAGAGCCAAAAGCCGCAAUCAGCUAUAAAACCCAAGCCGCUAGAUGCCCAGGGGGUACCAUUGUCCUCAGUGGAACAGCAGCAGUCACAAACACCUGCUGUCCUCAGUGGAGCGCCUUUGUCAGCGUUGGAGGGCGAGGCGCCGCGUGCACCUCAGUCACCUGUGCAACUACAAAAGCCACAAGAGGCCGCUCCUCCACAGCAGGCCAGGUCUGGAGUACCUCUGCCCCCCGCGGUACUCUUCAGCUCACAAACUGCUGGGGAAUCCGGAGCCUCCCAAACACUUGGGGAGCACAAGUUUGGCCUCCGUUUGUCUUCUGAGCAGCCCCUGAGGACCAUCGUGUCCCUGGAGCGUGACGACUACACUGUGGACACCCUAGAGCAUUUAGAAUCUAAGGAAGUAUUUGACGUCACAGAAGAUCCGCACGACGACCUCCAUGACACAGUGGAGGUUCUGGACUCAAAGGAAGCUAUAACGAGAGGGGUGGUCGGAGAGUCCUUGUUCUCGACGCGGUCUCAAGCGUCUGCACAACCUAUCUCUCCCGCACAGUCCUCCCAGGGUUUCAAAGACGCUCAAAAGGAAGAACCUCAAGAACAGAUCCACUUUGAACAAGUUCAGACCCAGCAACAGCCCCAGCCUCAAGAACCUCAUCGUCAACAACAAUUACAAUCAGUAGGAGUCCAUCUUCAGCAGCUCCAGUCCGUACAGUCAACAGGACAACAAGACUCUUUCUUUGUCUUUGACCCCAAUGAACCGCUGUCCCUGGAGCUUGCGGAGCCCGUGGACAAGUUCUUCUCUCUUGAACGCCUCUCCACCGGUAACCCAGAAGACUCUGCGACCUUCAUCCUGCAGGAAGAGAGUCUGAUCUCUUCUGAGGUGCAGGACACAACAGAGACCCUUGACACGAAGGAAGUGUUUGACGUGGACUCGUCAGAGCGCCGCACUCCAGCGGAGGGUCACGAUCGAACGCAAUCUGGCAUUUCUCUCUUCUUUCAGCAGCUGGGACAAGGUGGAGGAGCUGCAGGACAGAGUGCAAGGGAAAAACAGGCAAGUCACUCCACGACGGUGAAUACUGACGGGGUUCAGAAAAACUCACUGCAGCAGGCCAUCGAGAGCCUGAUGGUGAGUCUGCUGCAGGCUGGAGGGGGCCAAGAAACUCCUGAGACCGCCACGACGACCUUCCAUGUGACUGAGGACGAGGACUUAGGGGCCUUCCAGCAGGCUACGGAGGUACUCCCAACGACUGUUGUGUUUACUGAGGAAGCAACAGAAGCAGAAGCAGACACGACCCUUCCCGCGACGACUACUUUUCACGUAAUUGAGGACAAGGGCUUCGGUGAAUUCCAGCAGGGUAGCGAAGUAUUCCCUACGACCCUGGUGAUUACUGACGAAGCAGCAGAAACAGAGACUGCAACGGAGGAUGACCUGGCCUUCAUCGAGCAGGAAGCAUUUACAACCCUAUUGCCUGCUGAGGAGGAUUUGAUCACGACCAGCCUUCCCGAGGAAGAGCAGGCCACAACCCUCGCACCCAUGAAGAAAGAGGUCACCACAUUCCUUCCGAUCCGGCAGGUCACAACUUCUGUCAGAGGAUCCGAGCAGGAGGACGCCAUCCCAGUCCAAGAGGUCACCACAUUCGUCCCAGUUCAGCAGGAGGUCACCACGUUCAUGCCAGUUCAGCAGGAGGUCACCACGACGGUUGGCACGAUCCAGGAGCAGGAGCAGGAGUUUAUCACCACCACCACCACAGAUGUUCCGCUCAAGAAGGAGGUGACGACUUUCAUCCCGGUGCAGCAGGAACUAACCACCUUCAUCCCUCGUGAGCUGCACGACGCCACCACCUUACCAGCAGACCAGCAAGAAGACACUACUUUUUUCCUUGCUAGUCAGCAGGAAGAGGUCACCAUUCUCCCAAGUGAGCAGGAGGAAGCUAUCCCGAAUACUCCCACUAAUACUGCUGCUGCUGCUGCUGCUGCUGCUGCUGAGUCAACUGUUGCUACCACAUUCUCGCAUGACGUCACCACCACUGUGUCCCCAGAUGAGCAAGAACUGUCCACUACAUUCGUUCCAGAAGCAACGGAAGAAGCACGCCCCUCCAUCGCCACCACGAGGAAAGCCCAGCCCGGCACACCGUUCAGACGAAGGAUCAAGAAACUCCAGCGCCCAAGGACACGAUACGAAACUCCAACAACGCUCUACGAGGUGCCCAAGCCUCAACGCCCCGCAAGGCUGUACGGACUGCCCAAUCUUCAGGAGCAGAGCAGCGAGGGGCCUCAACGCACCAGAACGAGGCUGAUUUCCCCCAAGACGCGGCAGGAACGACCAAGAGGUGUCGGAGCCACGUCACUACGACCCACGAACGACCGCACUGAUUACAGACGAUCCAGAUUUUCACGACCUCUUUUUGGUCUCUCCAGAACGGCGAACUAAAUUAGAAUCAUCGUAGGCUACGUCGACCUGCUAUUCCUGGCAAGUAACCUUUUUUUGUUUUUUAUAUUACUUUUUUUUUUGCUGCCUACCAUGUAAUAACGCUUGUUAAAUAUAUAAGAUUGUGUGUCUAUUUAUUUAUUUAUAAUGUAAUUUAUUUCCCACGUAUUGGUUAUUGUACUCUCUCUCUCUCUCUCUCU